AUGGCCAACAAUCCGGCCGUCACGCCUGCCUUGCCUUCCCAACACGACUUGCUCGAGCGUCUCCACCAGUAUCGUACCUUUGACGAAGACCGCCAGGCAGAAAUCGAGUUCUUGAUUCAAAGCUGCGUUACACUCAACGACCGCUGCUCCACCCUAGAAUCCGAUCUAGACGAUGAGAGGAAUACCCGUCGCACGUGGAAGAAGCGUGCCGAAGACGCCGAAGCUGCCAUAGCCCGCAAGUAUACCGUCGUCCUCGUCGACGGCGACGGCUUCAUAUUCCGCAAGGCCUUCUUUGAUGCCCUGGCUACGUCUGGUGGUUCCAUGGCGGCCAAUGAACUUUACAACCAAGUCAUCAACCACGUAAAGGCUGCCGAUGCGAUUUCAGGCAUUAACCCGGAUUGUGACGUGCUGGUCAACAUCUAUGCGAAUAAGCAAGGCCUGGCGAGAAGCCUUGCCGCCGCCGGAUAUCUUGCCCAACCUUCUCACAUCGAUUCCUUCUUUUGCUCCUUUACCCAAAGCCGCAGCCUCUUUCAGUUUAUUGAUUGCGGCCCGGGAAAGGAGAGGGUCGAUGCUAAAUUACGAGAUACCUUCCGUUUCUAUGCAAAUAACGCUCAAUGUCAACGCCUCUACGUGGCCUGUUCUCACGAUAAUGGCUAUAUCGCCGAGUUCGACAAAUAUCGUCAUGAUCCUGUUGCACUCAAGAUUGUCCUGGUGCACGCCGCACAGACGGGGCCGGCUGCCCGGGCCUACAGCGCUUUACCUUUCAAGUCGACCAGAUUCGACAAUGUUUUCGAGUCCUCCCCCUUAGAGAUUGUCCCCAGGCCGGAGCCAUUCUAUCCCCCAGGCGCCCUCGAGGCUCUCAGUCUGGCUUCGUCCUCCACCGACAAUGGCAGCUCGGAUUUGACCCCGGCCAUCAGUAGGUCGAGCCAUUCAUCCAACCCUGUUCCGCAAGCAUCAACACCACUAGCUGCGCUAGCAAUCAAUACCAGUACCAGGAACCCGGCUCAAGUCAAGGCGUCCACGCCACCCACCGAAGUAGCUAGACCGAAGCCCACGACUCAAGCUCAUGCUGCUGCGAUCGUCAACGGAUCGACCGAUGGCAAGAGCGGAAUUCCCGUCAACCGCCUGGGGCAGAGGAUUGAUUUAAAGAUGAGGAUGCCCUCCGCUGCCGAAAUGGACAAGUUUGAGGAGCGUAUCGCCUACCGGAAGCUCUGUAACGAGCACCAUCUUCGAGAUAACUGUGAAUCGUACAACUGUCGUUACGACCAUGAACCGAUCGACGCUGCCAUGAAGAACACCUUGCGUUAUAAGGCGAGGAGUAUUGCGUGUACCCAGGGAUCCAAGUGCCGCCGGAAUGAUUGUUUUUAUGGGCAUCAAUGUCCGUGGGGUAAUAACAACUGUGGAAAUCUGAAGUGCUCCUUUAUCAAAGCUGGUUUACACGACAUCAAGGAUCUGGAGAUUGCCAAGUUUGUUCCAGCGGCUCCGAAUUAUUGA